AUGCUGAAGAAAGUAUUUCAAAAGCGUCCACAAGACCUCUAUGCUGGAGAUAUCCCCAGAGAGUCGAACUCGACCAAUGAACACGAGAAAGGCCCCGGUGAUCUUGUGGAUACCCCUAUCCCACUUUUAACAUGGCGUUCGUGCGUGAUGGGUCUCUUUGUCUCUAUGGGAGGCUUUCUCUUUGGUUAUGACACUGGUCAGAUCUCUGGCUUUUUGGAAAUGAAAGAUUUUCUAGAACGCUACGGUGAGCUUGGUCCAGAUGGCGAUUAUCACUUUAGUAAUGUCCGCUCUGGUCUGAUCGUCGGCCUGCUAUCUAUCGGUACUCUGAUCGGAGCUUUGGUUGCAGCACCGAUUGCUGAUCGCCUGGGACGAAAGUGGUCCAUUAGUGCGUGGUCCAUGAUGGUAUGCAUUGGCGUGACAAUCCAGAUAUCAUCACCCUUCGGGAAAUGGUACCAAGUUGCUAUGGGCCGAUGGGUUGCUGGACUGGGCGUCGGCGCCGUUUCUCUGUUGGUACCCAUGUACCAGGCUGAGUCGGGACCCAGGCAUAUCCGUGGAUCGUUGAUCAGUACUUACCAACUGUUUAUCACCCUCGGUAUAUUUGUCGCAAACUGCAUCAAUUUUGGAACCGAGGCUCGAGCCGACACAGGUUCAUGGCGUAUUCCCAUGGGGAUUACCUAUCUUUGGGCCAUUGUGCUUGGUGUUGGUAUGGCAUUCUUUCCUGAGAGUCCUCGUUACGACUACCGCAAUGGAAAAGUGGAUAAAUCUAUGAACACCCUGGCCAAAAUCUAUGGCAUACCCCUCAAUCACCGUGCUCUUCAUAUUGAGUUUGACGAGAUCAAGGAAAAACACGAGGAAGAGAAACGCAAUGGACAAGCCACUUGGGCCCAAAUGUUCCGUGCUCCGACAAUGUCGUACCGGGUUGCCGUCGGUGUUGCCUUGCAAGCCCUCCAACAGUUGACAGGUGCCAACUACUUCUUCUAUUAUGGAACAACCAUCUUUAAAGGAGCCGGUAUUCCCAACAGUUACGUUACGCAGAUGAUUUUGGGUGGUGUCAACUUUGGAACAACCUUCCUCGGUCUCUACCUGAUUGAACACUUCGGUCGACGCCGGUCUCUUAUAAUCGGUGGCCUAUGGAUGUUCGUUUGUUUCAUGAUAUUUGCCUCGGUGGGCCACUUCUCCCUCGAUCAAGAGUUCCCUGAGAGGACAAAAUCUGCAGGUGUGGCCAUGGUCGUCUUCGCCUGCCUUUUCAUUCUUGGGUUUGCUAGUACCUGGGGCCCUAUGGUCUGGACGAUCAUUGCAGAACUAUACCCCUCCCAAUACCGUGCACGAGCUAUGUCCCUGGCUACUGCAUCGAAUUGGCUCUGGAACUUUUUGCUCGCAUUCUUCACUCCCUUCAUUACGGCAGACAUCGACUUCCGUUUCGGUUAUGUCUUUGCGGGGUGCCUUUUCCUUGCAGCUGGCCUAGUCUAUGUUGCUGUCAUUGAGGGUAAAGAUCGCACCCUGGAGGAAAUCGAUACCAUGUAUCUGAUGAAGGUCAAACCGUGGAAAAGCUCAAAGUUCCAGUUCCCCGCCGAUCCGAAUGUCAUCCGAGGCUCAUUCGACAAAGGCGAGGAUGUUGCUGGAUCAUCUCACGUUGCUAACCCGACCACCGAGCUGCGGGAGGAUGGAUCAGCUGCGUCUGAACCACGUGUAGCAUGA